ACUGAAUACUUGUACGCAAAGGACUUAAACAAAGCCCUGCAAUACAUGUACGACAACAAGCGAUACUCACAACUCGUCUUUUACUUGGAAGCGUGUGAAUCAGGCUCAAUGUUUAGCAAACUAUUACCGAAAAAUAUCAAUGUUUACGCGACGACGGCCUCCAAUCCCACUGAAUCCAGUUAUGCCUGUUAUUUUGAUAACAAGCGACAAACUUACCUUGGCGAUGUGUAUAGUGUGAAUUGGAUUGAAGACAGCGAUCGCAAGGAUUGGGGCAAAGAGACACUUCUGGAUCAGUUCAAUCUGGUCAAGAAGGAGACCAAUACAUCCCAUGUGAUGGAAUAUGGUGACUUCAACAUCGCUGGCGAACGAUUGGGUGAAUUCCAGGGCGAUAAAAAACCAUCGAUUGAGGUCUUCGGUGGCGAUGAAGUGCCCGUUGUUUUUGACGCCGUCGACAGCGGAGACGUGCCCUUACAUAUCCAUCAAAAGAAAGUCGAAGCGGCCAGAGAUGAGACCGAAAAACAAAUUCUUACCGAACAAUUGCAACGUCUGGUCGACGGCCGAGAGUUUGCGACCAAACAUUUCCAUCAAUACGUCAAUAGUAUUAAGCAUUUGGUUGGCGAACAAAUCGAUACCAUUUUAACCCAAAAACAAGAGCUUAAUAAUAGAGAGUGUUAUCAACAACUUGUAGAUACUUUCCAUGAAAAGUGUCUCAAUUUGAAUGAAAAUCCAUUUGUUUUGAGAAAACUUUACAUUUUUGCAAAUGUUUGCGAAGAAUUGAGUCGCGGAUCCGAUGUUGAGAUCAAGACCGAAGACGCUGUCGACCAUUUGGUGGAGUAUUGUUUCCACAAUUUGGCCAAAGGUUAUCAACAGCCCAUUCUAUAG